AUGAAAGAUGAUAACUUCACGAUGUUGGCCUCAUUUCUGCUGGGCGUUCUGCAGCUGUUCACCCUAUUCGGCUUUGAUCUGAUUGCUUUUAUCGUCGAAUCGAUUGCCCAUUCAGUGCACAGUCGAUGUCCUGAUUGUUUGAUCGAAUUUGCUGGAUAUUAUGGUCAAAGUGUUCUCUAUUUUGUCUACACUUUCUCCAAUUUGAUCGCUCCUUGCAUUCUGCAUCUCUUGGGCAUCAAGAAAACAUUCGUCGCCGCAUCUGUUUGUUUCGCUAUCUACUGUGCUAGCUUUUUCCAUCUUCGAAAUUACCUUUAUUUCCCAGCGAGUAUCCUUGCUGGACUUGGGUUUGCAUUGUUUUACUGUGGCGGAGGUGCUUAUGCGGCAAAGCACUCAACAGAUCGAACCUUUUCGAGAAAUCAGUCAAUCACUUGGAUGUUGGCUAGCUCAAGCAUGGUCGUUUGCGGCAUCUUCAUGAUCUUUUCGGCUGAAACGGUGAAGGGAUUGGGUAUGGAAAUGGAAUCGCAAUCAAACAUUACAAGUAGCGCCUCUUAUCGUGAAUAUUCUGAUUUCGAGAUCAGAAUCUUGGCCAUUGGAACGUUGGCUGUCAGUGUUAUGGGAAUCAUAUUGGCUUGUUUGUUGCCAAGACGAGAAAUCAAAGGAUCUCUGUUUGAGAAAACCGAACCAGUCACAUCUUUUCGAAAGCAAUUGGGAAUGGUUGGAUGGGCUUUGAAACAAAAAGGAAUGCUCAAAAUGGUACCUUUCUUCCUGUUUACCGGCUUCUUCACGUCUUUUUGGCUAACCAUUUACCCGACAACGAUGACAUUCACCGAUUCAUUCGCAGAAUACUCAAAUUUAGUCGCCUAUAUUUGCAUGAGUUUGACGGCUGGAGAAUUGAUAAUCGGUUUUGUGAUCAGUUUCAUGAACAAGCGAAUCAAGGAUUUUGGAUUGGCGCCUUGUAUGGGAAUUGCUUGUGUCGUUUACGCAUUCACUUCUUUUCUCAUUCUUCUCUACGUGCCACCAGAGUCGAAUCUUCAUCCAACGAAAGAGAUCUCGUACAUGGAACCAAGCUUUUCAAUGGCGAUCUUCAUCGGUGUGCUUUGCGGUGUUGUUGACGGAGCAAUGCACAAUGUGAGAAUGACAGCCGCCGCAAAAGCUGUACCCACUCAACCAGCCAUCGCAUUUUGUCUCACCAAAUUUUAUCAAGCCUUAUCCUCGACUGCCUUCUACUAUUUGAGCUCGAUGCUGAACGUGUACAAAUUAGUAUCACUGAUGACGGUGAACUUGCUGAUAGGUUUACUUCUAUUUAUGUCUUUCUUAAAAGACUUGCGAAGGGUCUACACUGUGGAAUCAAUACCCGAAAAAACAAAAACACCAUGUCAACCG